AUGUGUGGCGCGGAUAUUGACCUGGAUGAUGGAGGCGAGGAAGAGAAGGAGGAAGAGUUGUGGAUGGGUGAGCGUGUGAAGAUGCUUCCCCCUCCUGUGGCCCACAGUGGGGGUUCCGCGUGGGGCAGCCGGAGGGACAUCUCGGGCUGCGUGUUCUGCGGGGCAGCUCUGGUCCUUUGGAACGUGUGUGUUCUCCUCGCCGGUGCCAUGCUCCUUACGCUGGUCUUCUCCUUGGUGCUGCUGCCUGCAGUUGUGCUGCUCUACGUUGGAUUCUUGUGCCAUUCCAGGAUCCUGGACAGCAAGUCAGCCAUCUGCAAUUACCUUGAUGAUAAUAGCUGCUCGGCCCUCAUUAUCCUGGGCUUUGUGAUGAUGUCGCCACUCAUGGUGGCAGCGGCAGCAGUUUUCUGUGGCCUGCUACGAAGGUUCCGACUCCUGCUUCUCAUUCAACCAAUCAGUCGCGCACGCUACCGGGGGAGACUGAUGGACUGGGUUAACAGCGUCCACGCUUGGGUCUGA